AUGGUCAACACAGGGAAGCCGUCCGGAGCCUGUAUCAACUGCCGAGAGAGGAGGAUAAAAUGUGAUGAGGCAAAGCCGGUUUGCGUCAAAUGCAUCAGGUCGGGCAGGACGUGCGCGGGAUACUCACAAGGUUUCAAAUUACGUGACCAGACGCAAAAGACAAUAAUCAAGGCCAAGUUCGGGAAGGGGAGCAAGGCGAAGCGGCUGGCUGCCCUCAAGGAGCACAAGGAGACCAAGGAGACCACCCCGAGCCCCCAGUCGGUGCCCUCAUCCGAGAGCUCUCCCGCGCUUGACGGGCUGGUCACACAUCCACGCAGGUACUCGGCACCUGUGCCGAAGGGAGGACCAAAUCGCUAUGGGGCAUUCGGAGGGGGCCACAGGAGGAAUCUGUCGGACCCGAUCGCAAAGGCGACGAAAGAGACGACAUGGCCCCUGGCGCCAGGGUCCGACACCGAGAACGAUCUCUCGGGGAUGAUGGGGCUCGAUCUGCAGUCGAUACACAUGCCCCUGGUGGACCGCGCGCGGUGCUACUUCCUCUCGAGCUACGUCGUCUACUGCCCUAACAAGUCGGACACGGGCAUGUUGACCUUCAUACCGUCGCUGCUCGCGUCGUCGGAAGGGUCGAGCCGGUACUUUCAGGACAUGUUCAGCGCCGUCUCCAUCGCUGCGUUCUCCAUGCGCCCGAACUGCAGAGAUGCCGCGAACGCCACGCAUCUAUACUAUGGAGCAGGCGUCCGCGGGCUGAGGAAAGCCCUUGAGGUUGGAGAGUCGGCCAAGUCUGACACCGUCUUGGCUACUACGAUCUUGCUAGGGGUAUAUGAGGGACUGGCAUACGGCGACGCCGAGAAGAUCGCCUACACACAGCAUUUCAGGGCCGCGCUUGAACUCCUCCGACUCAGGGGCCCGGAGCAGUUCUCUUCCAAGCAUGGCACCGAAAUGUUUGAUCUAGUAAUGGAGAGCCUGGUACGUAUUUACCAACUGCAACUCCCGUGGAAAGAGCGGAUGCGUCAGUACGACCUUACGACCGUCAUCGAUGAUGAGGAUAUUUCACGGUGGUCGAAACAAACCUCGAUCAUCCCCCACGCAAAUCGACCUCAUCUGACUUCGAUGAGGAUGUUGGAUCUGCGGUCCAAGCUUGCCAGCCUCCUGGGAUCACCAAGGAGAGACUCUGAGGCCACUCGAAAAGCCGUCAAGAUACUUAUGACAGCGCAGGAAUUCGAGAAACGCGUAAGCCAGUACUACGAGUCGGAGGAUCUAAUGGCGAAGAAGAACUUGUGGGUUGCAACGACAACGGAUGAGAACGCAGACCUCGUAUAUCCGGACUGGUGGACAGCAACUCGAUGGCUGAACAAGUACGCUUUUCGGUUGCUGAUCUGCCACAUCAUCGCGGAUGUAUCCGCCUGGCUGGCCGAGUCGACAGAACCAUGGCCCCAGAACCUGGGGACGAGUGCGUCCGAAACUGCAAAGGAGGACAUCAAGAACAUUAUUGCUAGCAUUCCAUAUUUAUGUUCCUGGAGAGGAAUGGCAAAAGAUCCUCCAAAGGGAGCCCACUCGCCAUGCGGGAGUGAUGAUGCGGGCUCCGUGGAGGGUAUUACCAACUUAAUGGUAAUCUGGCCUCUGGUCCUGGCGGCAGAGAGUCAGUUCGUCACCCCCGAGCAGAGGGAUUACGUUCAGGGCAGGCUGAAGUGGAUCGGUCAGAAUAUGGGAGUGAAACACGCAGCAGUUGUUUCCGAGAACUCCGACUGA